UGAGCGGAGCGUCCCGGCCGCGACUUUCCCCCUUAGACUCUCUGAAGGAGGCAAUGAGCGGGCAGCCGUGGCCCUGCUGAUGACAGCGCGCCUGGGGGAUGCAGUGACCGCCGAUUGUUUGCCACCGGGAUCAUAUUUGUGUACAUCCGAGGACAACAAACAAUACGCCGCGGAUCUGGCAUAAUCCAUCAAUCGGAUGCGAGCAGAGCCAGGCCCAACUUAACUAUGGGCCCUAUACCACUUUGCAUCCUGCUUCCAGUGACGGUGCUGACUGCGGUGGUGGCUGUAACUGCUGAGGAAAACACAAUUGACGACCAAUACACCUGGCCCCAAGGGAAGGUGCCGCUGGUAAGGAAACGACGCACUGUGCCCCUCAGCAGCCCCAGCUUUGCAACUCACCCUCAACUGGAGCUGAGUGGCACCUGUGGGAUCGAGUGUCAGCGCCACAUUCCCUCGCCUUCCCUGAAUGAUUUGGAGCAGUUCCUAUCCUACGAGACGGUCUACGAGAAUGGCACACGCACGUAUACCUCCGUUUCUGUGCAUGGCCUCAAUGAAGUCACUGUCUGGUCCAGAAACACUUCAUCAAGGUCCCGUCACAAGCGGGAAGUGUACGGCACAGAUACUCGCUUCACCAUCGCUGACAAGCAGUACUCCACUAAAUAUCCCUUCUCCACCUCGGUGAAGAUAUCUACAGGGUGCUCUGGGGUGCUGGUGUCACCCAAACACGUGCUGACAGCUGCACACUGCAUCCACGAUGGAAAGGAUUAUCUAGACGGAGUUCAGAAGUUGCGUGUUGGCAUUCUGAAAGAGAAGAGCAGACGAGGAAAGGGAGGCAAAGGAAAGGGAGGGAAAGAAAGAGGCCAAAGAAGAAAAGGGGACAAAGGUAAAGAAGAAGGACUGGAAAUGGAGGAAAAGGGCGGUAGAGGAAGAGGAAAAGGCAAGAAGAUCCGGAGUCGUCGAAGUGUUGACUCUGGCAAACCUUCAUUCAAGUGGACCAGAGUCAAAAAGACCCAGGUUCCUAAGGGUUGGUUUAAAGGUGUGUCAGAUGGACUGGCUGCGGAUUACGACUACGCCGUUCUCGAGUUGAAGAGAGCCCCUAAAGUCAAUCACAUGGAUCUAGGUGUUAUACCUUCCGUUAAGAAGCUCCCUGCCGGUAGGAUCCAUUUCUCCGGCUUUGACGAUGACCGACCCGGUAACUUGGUGUACCGGUUCUGCUCUGUGUCUGAGGAAUCCAAUGACUUGUUGUAUCAGUACUGCGACGCCAAACCCGGCUCCAGCGGCUCAGGAGUUUACAUCCGCCUCAAAGAGCCGGGCAAGAAGAAGUGGAAGAGAAAGAUCAUUGGGGUUUUCUCUGGUCACCAGUGGGUUGACGUCAAUGGGGACGGGAUGCAGCAGGAUUACAAUGUGGUCGUGAGGAUAACGCCGCUCAAGUACGCGCAGAUCUGCUACUGGGUCCAUGGGGACUCAAGUGAGUGUCAGGUAGCCUAAAACAACAUGGAAACUCCCCACUUUUCUGCUUCUUACCCAUCAGCUCACACCAUAGUUCCUCCUUACAGACUUCACCUACAUUAACACAUCACCUAGUUUCACCAAGCAGAAACUAGGCGACUGCUUCUUCUUCUUCCCCUUCCCAUCUUUUACCUUGUGUGCCUCCUUAUGACUCUGCUACAGUGAUUCAAGUGAAGAAGUGGCGACAAUAGGAACUCAUCAAUGCAUCAAAGGAACUGUGGCUUGUCAGUUGUCUUUAUUUAUUUGUUUGAAAUAUAUAUGGGAAAAGAAAUCCGCUUUAAGUAUUUUAAGUCUACUUUGACAGUUUUCAAAAAUAAAUUGACCUCUAUGGUCGUAGUACAGUAAAUGGUUUAUAGUGUAAAUCACAAACACCUGCAAGGUAUUAUUAUUAAAGAAAAGGCCUCUCCACCACUGUAAGCAUAAAAUGUGGUAAUUGGCAAUAACAAGACGCCCAAAAACCAACUUAAAUACUUUAUUUAAAAAAAAGAAUGGCGUAGCUGGAGAUGGGCACCAGCAACCCUCCCGACCCCAUUAAGGGACAAGGGUGAACAGAAAAUAAAUGGAUGGAUGGAUGGAUGGAUGGAUGGAUGGAUGGAUGGAAAAAAAAGAAUGGUAUGACAAUUCAGAGAAAACAAAACAAUUAAUAAGCUGAUAAUUUGAUUUGUGUAUAUCUCGAACAUUGUAUUAGAUGUUCUGUUUGACACUUAUCUUUUAAUGAGUGUUUUUCUCCUUCUGGAUGCUUUUUAGAAGACGUUUUUUUUGUAUGAUUUGUCUCAUCCUCUUUCUUCUGUUCUUGCAGUACAGUGAAAUGUGGUUUCAUUGUUGUGCACAUAACUAUAACAGAGAAUGACGUGGUGCUAAUUUAUGGGACUGUAAUCUUUUUGUUUCCGUUCCGGAAUGACUUAGAAAAUAUUUUUGGUGGCCUAGUACUGUAACUUUAAGCUUAAGGUGAGGCUACAUGUUUGCGUUACAUUAAGACGGAACCAUUCAACAAUUUACUUGAGCUGUUUUUAUUUCUCUAUUUUAAGGGUAACAUUUUUUUUUUUAAAGUCACUUUGUUUUUAUAGAAGUAGUUUAAGAUUAAAUUUAAUAUUUCUGACUUGUUCCUGUUGCUUUUACUCCAAGGAAAUGCAAGACUGUCCUUUUAAAUACCAAAUAUCUGCAAGUAAUUAUUAGCGUUGAAGUCUACAAGCCAUUAAAACCAAGAUUUCCCUUUG